AGGCUGUUUCUGGCACUCUUUGGUGAGAGGUCUCCAGGUUUGAACUUGGGACUCAAGAGAAGAAGGUAAAAUAUAUAUAUUUAAGGGCACCAAUCUGCAGUGAGUUUUUUCUUGGCUUGAUUUUUCUCCACUAGCAAACUCACGAUGGGAACUGGGAUUCAGAAUAGCACGGCAGAGGUGAAAGAGUUCAUCUUAAUUGGCUUCCAACUACCUAGGGCCAUGGAACUCUUCCUUUUUUCAUGGCUUCUGGUUGUGUUGUUUUUCACUUUGGCUGGGAACCUCAUGAUUAUCACUCUGGUAUGCGUCGACCAACGUUUGCAAACCCCCAUGUAUUUCUUCCUCUGCAACCUCUCCUUUCUGGAGGUAUUUUUCGUUCUGACAAUCACACCGAAGAUGUUGACCAAUCUAGUUUCCCUGAACAAAUCGAUCUCUUUUUGGAGCUGCAUCAUUCAGUGCUAUUCUUACUUCUUCUUUGGUACCUGUGAGAUCAUCAUCAUUGCCGUGAUGGCCUUUGACCGCUACAUUGCUAUCUGCCAUCCAUUGCGCUACACCAUCAUCAUGAAUGGGCGGGUCUGUGUGAAUUUGAUAUUGGUGUGCUGGGUUGGCGCUUUCCUGAAUAACCUUGGCCCCAUUGUUCUCCUGAGCCGACUGUCCUUCUGCAGCUCUAACAUGAUCGAUCAUUUCUUCUGCGACUAUGCUCCACUGAUCAAGCUUUCUUGCAAUGAUGUAGAUACUCUUCUGAUGCUGGAAUCUAGCCUCUCUGCUCUGGUGUUACUCAGCUCUUUGUGUGUAACUGUUGUCUCUUACCUCUACAUAAUUGUGACUGUGGUGAGGAUGCAGACCAGUGGCAGUCGUAGGAAGACUUUUUCAACCUGUGCCUCUCACCUCACGGUCGCUUCCAUCUUCUACGGCAGUGCCAUCUUCAUGUACUCUUUGCCCAGCAAGGGUCGAUCUCGGGAUGCUCAGAAAGCUGUGGCAGUUCUUACUGCUGUGGUUACCCCCUUACUGAACCCUUUUAUUUACACUUUGAGGAAUGAGAAAGUCAAGGAUGCUUUCCGAGACUGUUUGCAGAGGCACAAACGUAUUUUGUGA